AUUUGUUGAAUCCUGCUCAGGUGCAAUCCUGCCACCUACUGUCACAUUAGUGAGCUAAAACCAUGACUUAUUAAUGCCAGGAAGCAAGUCACAGAUGUCUUUAUUUAAUAAGAUGUUCAGUGGAGGAGAAAAGGUGACAAAGAAGCCUUCUGAAGAAGAAGAGGUUGAGAAACUUCUACAGGGAGAGGCGCUGCUGAUGGAAAAGAAAGAACAUUUGAAGAAAAAGAUUGACAGAGAACUUCUGUAUGCCAAGAAGAACAGUAGAAAAAACAGAAGAGUGGCUCUGCAGGCGCUGAGAAGAAAGAAGUGGUACGAGAAACAUCUUAAGUACAUUGAUUGUGCUGUUAAGGCCAUGAGGUCCACCCAUGAACACAUAGAUAUUGUCAGCAAGGUGAACGACCUGAUCAGAGACAUCGCAGAGGAGCAGGAUGUGACUCAGCAUAUAUCAGACACUCUCCACACACCUGUGAGCUUUGGAGUGGAAUUUGAUGAGGACGAGCUGUUGGCAGAGCUGGAUAGGCUGGAGGAGACUCUGGAUGCAAGCAUAUUUGAGAAUGACAGAGUGGAGGAGAGAGUCCCUUCUCCCCAAGUGUUAUCCACUACAUCACCUUCCCAUCCUGCCAAGAUGGAGGAAGAUGAGGUUGAGGAUGAUUUAGAGUCUCUGCGACGUUGGGCUAAUGAACCUUCAUAAACACACUAACAGCUACAACACACAUUUAAAGGAGAAGAGGAAAUUGCAGGAUGGAAUAAACAGACAGGAAUAAUACUUUAUUGUUCAUGAGUGUUUUAUAUUUGUAUGGACAUCUGACUGCCUUUUUUAUAGUGAAAAAGAGCGUAUCAGUUAAUGUAAUACAGUAUAUUUUGUGAAUUUCAUGAAGGCUGAAUUUUCAAAUAUUCAUCUGUAGCUUCUGUAUGUAGCUACUCAUGCCUGAUUCAAAAGCCAUCUCCCCAUAUUAUUAUUUGAUGUACUACUAAAAACUGGUCUUCUGUUACAUAUGUUCUUUGAUGUAGCUGAGAUGCUCUCUUAAAGGUCUUUAAACACGGUGUUGACUUUCA